CGAGCGGAGCCGAGCGCGCACACCCUGGCCUGGAAGCAGGCACGGAGGUGCCCUCCGCCCCUGUGUCCAGAGCCCCGCGGGGCCGGCUGCGUCGGGAUGAAUUGCUGCGCGCUGCUCUUGUCUUUCUGGUACCUGCGUCUGGUCAGCACCGAGGGGGACCCUAUUCCUGAGGAGAUCUAUGAGCUGCUCAGCCACCCCUCGCUCCGAUCCAUCAGCGACCUCCAGCACCUACUUCGGAUAGACUCCGUAGGGGAGGAUGUGGCCCAAGUGGACCUGAAUCUGACCCAGGCACAUUCCCUGAGUGAGCCGCUCAUCCUGCCUCGUGAAAGGAGGAGUGUGGCGGCUGUGACCGUGGCCGAGCCAGCCAUGAUUGCAGAGUGCAAGACGCGGACAGAAGUGUUUGAGAUCUCCCGGCGCCUCAUCGACCGCACCAACGCCAACUUUCUGGUGUGGCCGCCCUGCGUGGAGGUUCAGAGAUGUUCUGGCUGCUGUAACAACCGCAAUGUCCAGUGCCGCCCCACCCAGGUGCACCUGAGGCACGUACAGGUCAGGAAGAUAGAAAUUGUGAGGAAGAAGCCGACCUUCAAGAAGGCAACAGUGACCUUGGAGGACCACUUGGCCUGCAAGUGUGAAACGAUAGCAGCCCCCCGCUUCUCCAUCCGGAGCCCCGGGAGCACCCAGGGAAACAGAGAUGGAUCCACCCCAAACAAGGUGACGGUGCGGAGGGUUCGGAUCCGACGGCCGCCCAAGGGGAAACACCGAAAGUUCAAGCAUACCCACGACAAGACGGCCCUGAAGGAGAGCCUUGGAGCAUAGGGCCACCUGCCAGGGAGAGCAUGAUGGGCAGGCUUAUUUAAUGUAUUUCUCGUAUUGCCCCCAUGGGGUUCUUGGAGUGAGAAUAUUGUUCUUGUCUGUCCGUCUCGGUGGCCGACGCGGAUGGCAAAUGGUGCUUCCCCUGUCCCCCGGCCUUGCAGUGAAUCUUCUGUCCCUCCCGGCUCAGCGGCACCCUCGGCUCUCGCCCUCUGCGCCCAGCAGCUGCUGGGGCUCCCAAAGGCCCUGCACCCCCACCGCCACCCCUCCCACAGACAAUGGGGAGGAAAGGAAGAAAUGGAGGAUGCCUUUGGUGAGAGGGGCCGCUUCUUCCAUCCUCCCUUUCCUCCCAGAGGCCCAGCCUGGGUGAUGGAUGGGACGCCCACAGUAGGGGCCUGAGGGCUCGGAGGGCUCCAAGCACUGAUUGUACCCCGAGGACCCAUAGGAUCAGCCUGGCCACGUGACAGCCCCGAGCCUGAGUGUCUUUCUGUGGCCGUGGCCCUGGACUGGUGGGGCUUCAGGCAAGAACCUUCUUCCCGUGCACUCCACCGCUGGCCAGUGCCCAAGGAGCAUGGAGCUGGGCAAGGCAGUCCCUCUCCCCGUGUCCUGCCCAUUCCCUGCACUGUUAUUUUACUUUUUAUGCACAUAAUUUUGAAACUGUGGUUUCUUCUGAAGCGGGUUUUGCCAUGGGAGAGCAGCCUGUGGCCGGUCGUGCUGACGGGAGGCUCACCUCCUGCUCCUCAGAGCAUUGUCUCAGGUGGGCUGGAGACUGUUCUGCUGAGGGAAGCCAGACCCAGUCUGGUUAUUUCCUUAUCCUGUCUCCCCCGACAUUUGCUGCCUCCGUCCUUCUUUCUUCCCUCUUUCUCUCUCUCUGCCUUCAUUCUCCUACAUCAUGGUCAGCCCCUAUGCUCCCCCAGCCCCAGCCUGGCAGCUCCUGGGUGGGGCAGGAGAGGGGUGACAGGCAAGCCAGGGACAGGAGUGGGAGGGAGGGAGUGAAGGCCCCUAAGUAAGGGAGCAGCUUUGGUGUGGUGGGAAGACCACUGAGUCUGGGGUCUGCUUCUGGCGUCUGCCAUUAACACCCCCACCCCAACCUCAUCCCAACCCUGUGACCUUACCCAAGUCCCUUCUGCUCUCUAUGUCUCAGUUUCCCCAUCUGUAAAAUGAGGGGGUUGGACUAAAUGAUCCUAAGGUUCUGUCCAGCUGUAAAACAAAUCCGUCCCUGAGCGUCUGGGGCCUCUCCUUGAGUCUGCUUUGGGGACACGCUAAAGAAGAGUCCCUUGGGAGAGAGGAAGGCCCCAAGGGACCUCAUUGCAGUUCCCAGAGGCUGCUGAGUCUUGGAGGAAGCCUGCCCUCAGGCUUGGCCAGCUCCCAGGUGUCAUCGGGGAAGGACUGGGUGGGAUGACUUGGGCUGGGAGGGGCAGGCUUGCCUUCCCCUCCUUCCCACCUUCUUCAGCUCUUUCCCCUACUCAGAAACCUGCUUCCUUCAGUUUUUAAAGUCGGUGAUUAUAUUUUUUUUGGCUUUUCUUUUAUUUUUUAAAUGUAAAAUUAAUUUAUAUUCUGUAUUUAAAGUU